AUGCCGGAGCGCGGCCCGGCGGCGCGGCGGCGCUGCGGGAGGACGAGGAUGGCGGGGCUGGCCUGGAAGUGGCCGCGCACCCGCCUGCCCGUGGGGGCCAGCGCUCUGGGCGUCUUCAUCCUCUGCUGGCUCUACGUCUUCCCCGUCUACCGGCUGCCCGACGAGAAGGAGAUCGUGCAGGGGGUGCUGCUGCAGCAGGGCAAGGCGUGGAGGAGGAACCAGACUGCGGUCGCCUUGUUCAGGAAACUGCUGGAAGAAUGCUGUGACCCUGGGCAGCUCUUUGCUAUGACAAAGCAGAACUCCCCGAUGGGAAAGAACCUCUGGUUUGAUGGGGAGUUUUUAUAUUCUGUCACUAUCGACAAUGCAACUUACUCUCUCUUCCCACAGGCUACUCCCUUCCAGCUGCCACUGAAGAAAUGCUCCGUGGUGGGAAACGGUGGGAUCCUGAAAAAGAGUGGCUGUGGCAAACAAAUAGAUCAAGCAGAUUUUGUCAUGCGGUGCAACCUUCCUCCUCUGUCCAGUGAAUACAGCAAGGACGUUGGAUCGAAAACCCAGCUGGUGACUGCAAAUCCCAGUAUAAUUCAGAAAAGAUUCCAGAAUCUGCUGUGGUCUCGAAAAGCCUUUGUGGACAGUGUGAAGGUGUAUAACCACAGCUACAUCUACAUGCCAGCCUUCUCAAUGAAGACAGGGACAGGGCCCUCCCUACGUGUCUAUUACACCCUGGAGGACUUCGGUGCCAAACAGGCCGUCCUUUUCGCCAACCCCAAUUUCCUGCGUGACAUUGGCAAGUUCUGGAAGAGCAAAGGUAUCCAUGCCAAGCGGCUUUCCACGGGACUUUUCCUAGUCAGUGCUGCCCUUGGUCUGUGUGAAGAAGUGACAAUUUAUGGCUUUUGGCCAUUCUCGGUGGACCUGCACGGGAAGUUUAUUAGCCAUCAUUACUAUGACAAUGUCUUGCCCGAUUCUGGAUUCCAUGCCAUGCCGGAGGAAUUCCUACAGCUCUGGUUUCUUCAUAAAAGCGGUGUACUGAGAAUGCAGCUAGAGCCAUGUGAGAACCCUUUAAUCCAGUCUUCUGCCUGAGGAUCACAGAAGUUGGUUUGGGAGCUCCAGUAGUUUUUAAUGUCCGUGCUCUCCAACAGAGAGUUCUGUUUUCUGUUGAUUCUUUUUAAAGGGAAAAUAAUCAUGGCUCUGCAUGGACCAUAAAAAUGCUACUUGAAGGCCAAAUGGAAUACGUCCUUAAUGUAUAGUGUUUUGUGGAACUGGGGUGGGAGAAAGUGAACCUCUCCAUCAAGUCCAUUCAACAGCAUUGUGAAAAUAAUGUCAGAAGCAGCACAGCUGAACUUUGCGGGGAUGUUUUUAAACAAUGUGAAAAGGACUUUUAAGGCUCAGAGAGACAAAGGGCCACCCACAAGCUUUUGCUGACAGUGCCAAAUAUGACUGUCUGUUCAAAAAUCCAUUUCAUUCCAGAUUGGCACCUCAUACAACUUGCCUUUUUCCUUUUUUUUUUUUUUUUUCUCUGUGUGGGUGUGUGUAUAAGAGAGUAUGUGUGUUGUUGACUUUCUUUGGGUUUUUUUCAUUUUUCCUUUUUUUUCUGUUCCUUUUUUUUUCUUUUUCCCCAAUGGAAGGAAAAGCUUGAAAUCCCCAGGAGCUGUAGUACCAUCAACUCUUCUAAAGACUCUUGGGAGAGAGAAGGGUGCUAAGAGUCUGGUUAGAAGAAUGUCCUAGGAAUGUCCUGCUACUGUGUAUGGGUGAACCUACUUGCUGUAGUUUUUAUCACGAUAGUUUAGGUCACUGCACUUAUAGCUAUGCUAAUGCUAUACUGUGGGCAAAAGCUGAUAAGGGAACUUGGUCUGAAAAUUAGAAUUGUGUUACAAAACCAGUAGUGAAGUGCAGCCUGGUUUCCAUUGACCUGCUGCAAGAUUUCCACGGUGACUUUUGUAGCAAGGAUAGUUCCUGACCUGUUUUGCUGUCCAGCCUUGGGGAUUAAUUCUGUAUUCAUUUGGACUCCAGAUGUUUGUUGACUGUACAGGGGAUUUGAGGUGUUCAGUGGAAUGCAGAAUGAGGUUGUUCAUUUGUUUAUAGCAGAAAAACUGCAGAAAUGAAUGUAAGUGGCAUUUAGAAUGAGUUGAAGCUUUGAAAAUCUUUUCUGUGUGUGACUUCUGCUUGGAUUGCAACGUCAGCCUUAAAGACUUGUACUUUUCUCACAAGAUUGUCUCUGGUUAAACACAGUCUGAGAAAUAAAACAGCCCUUGGGAGCACUGACAAAGUGCAUAGCCAGCAAGAAAAAAGAAAAAAAAAAAAAGAAGAAAAAGAAAGCAGCAGGCCCUUACGUAAGGCAGCCUCUGUCCUCGCAGUGGGUGAAUUAUGUCAGUGUGCGUGUUGCUCUCCAGCCAGUGCAGUGCCUGAAGGGCUGUUUUAUUUUAGGUUGUUACUAGGGUAGCAGAUGGUCCUAUCACCAUGUAAAUGAGAAAUCUUUUUGUUUGUUUGCUUUGGUUUAGCACUGUAGGACAAGAAGGAAUACCAGCUCAGUCCACGGUGCAAUUUCAGCUGCAAGAUGUUAUCAUCAUUAACUUUAAAAUCCAGAUCACUGUUCUCUUUCUUAUCCUUCCACCAUUAGUAGCUGAAAUUCAAGUCAAAGUGUUGAAACAACAAAACUAUCAUCAGGGUUCCACAACAAUUUCCUGUGCUACCUGUUUUAGCUCCAAAGUUCUAGUAUUUUGGGGCAUGUGUCCUAUCAUAUGUUGACAAUGUCUCUCUUUGUAGACUACCAGGUACAAGUAAUAUAGAUAUAAUUUUAAAAAAAGCAAAAUCCAUGGCUCUUCUUUAAAUAUGAAUAAUUCAACUAUCUGUGUAGGACACUGGAAAAAAAUAAUUGUGUUUUGCUUUUUAAACCUGUGUUUCAUAAUAAAACCUUCUUUCUAAAGAUGGAUAUUCCAAACAGAAAGUGGGGACUGUUACAUAGGAUUACAGGACAACUGUAACAUGGAGAUCUGGAUUAAAUAGCAUUCUAGAGAUUGUUCUGAUAAAAUCUGAAUGUGCUUCUAUAACCCAUUUAAUCUUUGUCCAUAUUUUUGUUAAAAGAAUAGUGAACACCCUAAUGGAAUGUCGCUUGAUAACUUGUUCCUUUCUGUUAUGUUUCUUUUAUCUAUGAUGUGGGUACUCGGUGAGGAAAGAUUUGGAAGUAAAAUACUCUCUUUACUGCUUGUUAUGGCAGAAUUUUACUGAGUUGCCUUUCUUGGAGAAGAGGAGGUGCCUGUGUGUUUUUAAUUGUACAUGUCAAUUCUUGCACUUUUUAGUGCUUUGAAGAUGACAUUAUCUGUGAGAAGAAUAGUCAUAAUGUGGUGUGCUAACCCGGUGCUUCAGCAGGAUGCUGGCACUUCUCGGGGGUGCGAGAGAAAAAGGAACCUCAGGGGGGGAACUGCCUCUUGCCUGGUCACGUUUUUGUAUUUUUACUAAUACUUGAGAGUUUAGUUCUGAACCUCUCUGGUGGCUCUCCAUUUGGUAAUCCUUUUUUCCAUGUCUUGGAAAAUAAUCAGAUCAGAAGAACAAGAGAAAAACAUGUAUUUUAUUAGUAGUUUGGUUUUUUUAGGAAAACUCAGUGCAGUGUUUCAUAAUGUCUGGCUUGUUCAAGUGGGUAUCUAGAGAUGUUCUGUUCCCCACCUCUGUGAGACUGUGACAGGCUUAACCUGUAGCCUGUGAUCUUCGUGAGUCCCUUCUCAUGUCUGCAGUCCUGAUGUUUGCAAGGAGAUAACAGCUUCCAAAAAUACAUGUGGGUAGGAGAGACCCAGGCUGUCUGUGAUGUUUGACUGGUGUUGGAGAAAUUGGUAAUUCUGGCUCUGUUCACAUUUGUGUAUAGAGAAUAUAACUGCAUCUUACAAAGACAACCACUUUCAAUGGGGAAGUAAAAGCUUCAAAGAGAAAUAUUUUUCUACAACUUCCAGAGAACUGGCAGCUGAGGAAAGAAGGUGGAUGAGAAUGAACACCCCUUUUGAGAAAAAACUCUUUUAGCUGGCUGACUUGUCAGCCCAUGCAACAUACUGGCCAGCGAUCAGGCUUUUGCCCAGCAUGUAAAAAGGGAUGCAGGAGGGUACUGCAAGUGUUUGCAUGGCAAGAGCAAUCACAAAAUCACAAAAAAAGAAAAGCACCUGGAAACUUGAGAGUGGCAGCUGCCUGACAGAAAUCUUGGAGUAAAUAUGCUCUGUCCAUGCUGCUGCUCAGCAUGAGGGUUAUCUUGUCUGAAUAUAGGGGCAGGGACAUCCAUGUAUUUGUUGUAUUUUCAUUGAAGUUAAUUGAAAUUUUACUGUUUAUUUCUUAGUGAAGUUUCAUACUCUAACUUCUCAAAUUCCACUGCCAGUCCCUCAAUUUCUACAAUAAUGUAGCUGAAAUCUUUGCACAAGUCUAUGCCAGCUUGAAAGCUACUGCAAUUCAUCUUCGAUAAAAACAGGUCCAGGCUGGCCAAAUGAUUUGUUAAUGUUCCUAGUUGCUAAUUUUAUCAUAGAGGUGACAAGGUACAGAAGCACUGGAAUCAUUGCUGCAUAGGAAGUAUUGCCCCACAUUUGUGAGUAGAAUAAAUUAAAUUCCUUUACAAGAGCUGUGCAUGGAGGAUGUCUGGUACUGAAAUUGCUUUAAAUGCAGUCUUAUUGGGGCUGUAUAUGCUUUUGAGUAAAUCAAGACCAAUUUUUGAAUUUGUGCCAAAGCUACGUAAAAUCUUCUCGUUCCUGUUGAUUGUGAAGCCUUUUGAGCUGCUUCUAGAACACACAAGCAAAAUAGAACCAGGCAAACUAAAAUAUAUUGAGAAGGAAUGUGUGUGCUCCUGAGAAUAAAAACAUUUAUAAUUUUGGUGCAGACCUUGCUGUAAUGCUAAGGACUCUUACUAAAGAAUGUUGUAGUUUUAUAUUUUUCCUGAAACAAAUGUACUGGGUUUGGGGUGAAUCAACUGCAAAAGCCAAAAGUCCAAGCCUCAGUUACAGCUUAACCUUUGUAGAAUAUAGAAAUAUUGGCCGUUUUGUUGACUUGACUACUUUCACCUUUUUGUUAGCUUCAUCAAAUGAUGUCAUAAUGUACACUGCUGAGUUUGCACCUCUGUGGGAGCUGAAACUCAGCAAAGCAUCUGUUUUUUUUUAAAAAACAAUGUCUGAACUGUGGGAGUUGUGUAAAACCCUCUAUACACCAUCUUGGAAACUGGUUAAAUAUCUGGCUCACCUGUGCCUGUGAUUAAUAAGGAGAACAGGAGUGAGGAAACUCUUGAUCUAGAAGUGAGGAUGAUGGAGGACAUGAAUGCUGUCUCACCAUUUCCUGCCUGCUUUGGUUGUUCUCUUCAGCCCAAUAGUAAGAAUUGGAAGUAGUCCAGAUUAUAUGAAGGACAGGAAGUUCUUGAAGAAUUGGAUGAUGCUGGAAAAAAGGAAGAUCAAACCAGUGCUGUAACAAAUUGAAGUGUAGCAAUUCUUGAUAAAGAUCCCCAGUUCUAAGCAAUUGUAGGACAUUUUCAUCUGGUACUGACUGUGAAAAAUGGGACUGCCUCUGACCUAUGGAUGGUUUUCUGCAGGAUGGCAGCAAAGCAAAAUGCUAUGAGGAGGGGAAACUGAUUAAGCUGAAAGGAAAAUACAAUGGAACAAGGAAUGAUGAUGAAAAAUCUGUCUUUUCCUUCUCGCCUGCUACUCUCCCUCCAAAAACAUACAUAUAAAAUGGACUAACUAGCUAUUAUCCUGAGUCACUAUCUCUUUCAUGGAAGGUUAUGGUGCGAUUUCCAUUAGCUGAUACUUUCUAGCAAAGAAAAUUAAUCAGACCUUGUCCAUAAACACACAGUUCCCUGCUCCAUGGUUGUUUGGGGGUGCUGUGGAGGCUGUGGCUGUCGUGAUGGGCUGUGAUUGCCCUAAUGUCAUGUGGUUCCACCAGAUCUCCCUUUGGGAUUAUCUGGGUUUAUAUUUGUGCCUCAAGAAGUCAUCCUAAAGGAUCUCUCUGUUCUGUUCUUCCUGAUGACCAUCCUCCUUACAGUUAGAAUGUGAUUUGAAAAAUCAGCUGUAAGGUAGCUAAUAUACAUUGUCAUUUUUUCUUCUGAAGUGUUGAUAAAUCCAACAAGAGCUAGCUCCAAGUUGAAAAUAUUCCUACAGUUAGGUGUUGGUAAUUCCAUCCCUGGAGAAUGUAAAGAAGAUGGAAGAAAGCUGCAUUUUUCAAGGCAACUGUUGUAAAAUAACUUCUGUUUUCUUGAAUUCUCUGUUUUUGUCACUUGGAAUCUUUCAGAUGUUUACUUUUUAGUAGUUUUCGAACAGAACAAUCAGUAAAAGACUUACUGGCCUUUUUGUUAAAUAUUAACAGGCUCAUUUUCCUAAGUGUAACACAAAUACCCAAAAGGAGACUUAACUUACCCUCUCUAGCUGAUAUUUCUUUGGCAGCAAUAAGAACUUAAACAGCUACUUAUUCUCCCUGACAAUUCAUUUUCUCCAGUUUUUAUUACAGCAGGUUGAGCCCUAGUGUAUUCAGCCCCUUCAGUUUAAUGCACGUACUUAAAAAUUAAUCUCGCUCUGCUUUUUCAGGGGUAAAAAAAUAAAAUAAAAUAAAAAAGUAUUGUUAAUUGAAAAUGAUUGCACAGGUUCUGUCUAAAAUCAGCAGAGACAGAUACCUCCAGAUGGUGAUCCCAGCUUUUUCUGAGCAUGGGCUGCCUUCAGAGGUCUCUGCAGGACUGUGGAAGCACCCCAGCAGUUUCAGUAAGGCUAAGUUGUGCAGAGCAGAGUGCAGCCCUAGUGCUGCAUCCUUGGCUUGUGAGCAUUCUGUUGUGGCUUUGCCAGGCAUCCACUGGUGCUGUCCUGAGUGGUGCUCAGGCCCUGCACUGGGUGAGGGAUGCAGCUCCUGCUAGUCCAUAGGGAUGAUGUCAGCCUGCUCUGAGGAGUUCUGCUGUGUGAGAAUUCAGCCAGCCCUGGCUUGCAACUUGCCCUCGGGGACAGUGAGUAGUCCUCAUCUGUGUGAAGGCAGCAGGUUUGUUCAGGGAAGUAGUCCGUAAGGAUAAUGCUGUUGACUGCUGCUGGGACUUGGCAGUCACCCGAGUGGCUCCGGUUAGAUCUGCCAUGGAUGCAAUUCAACAAGUGCUGCUGCAGACCAGGUCCUAGGUAAUUACCUGUGCCAGGGUUAACUCUCGUGCUUCACAUUCAGAAGUGCUGGGCCUACUGGCAGCUCCUCCCUUUGGAGACCAGCCUGCUUCUUGCCCUGAAACACUUUUGAACCUUGCCAAGUCUCAGAAGGGCCUAUUAAAACUGCAUCUUAAGAUAAUCUGUGUGUGCUCCUUGCGGCUGUUGGGUUGGUCAGCUUUCUGCUGACCUGAAUACUUACCCAGUUUGGGUCCCUCUAAGGAAAGUGUACCUUUAGCACUCAGACCACCUGGAAUUUACAAUGUUAUUUGGUGUCUUCACCUUCCAACCUCCUUUUAGAGCAGAUUUAACUAUUGUGAAUGAAUCCAAAGGGAGUAUAAGAAAGUGACACAAGUAAUUGUUCUCUGGGUUAUGAAUAAACUGCUGAUCAAUAAAACACUAAGGUACUUUUUGAA